AAAGCGCCCAUGACCCUAGUCUUGUUACUGUGACCUGAAUACUUUUCUAGGCGAUUAUAUCCAUCUUGGUAUUAAGGUUAACCGUUAUACCUCAAUAUGCAUGGUGGAUGGGGAUCAUUUCAAGGAGUUUAAAUGGACACGGAAGAACAUCGACUAAGUCCCGAUUCUGUGGAUGGUCCAAUGUUAGCCAAUGAGAAGAAGGACAAGACCUGCCUGGUAUGUGGUGACAAGGCCCUCGGCUACAACUUCAACGCCGUAUCAUGCGAGUCAUGUAAGGCAUUCUUCAGGAGGAAUGCUCACAAGACUAUUCGAGGACGCUGUGAGGGCAAGUGUGACAUCAAUGUGGAGUCAAGGUCAUUCUGCAAGCGCUGUCGUCUCGCAAAGUGCUUCACCAUAGGCAUGAGGAAAGACAUGAUCUUGGAUGACGAUCAAAAGAAGCUACGGAAGCAGAAAAUUCUCAUCAAUAAGUUACGUCGCCAUGGCACUCUACCUCCCGAAGACACAUACGCCGUUUCUGACAACGAUAUAAAGUUCACAUACGGGAUGAAAUACUCUCCUGCAAUGAUGGAAUCUCUCCGCACUCAGUACCCACACCUUUCAGACAAUGAGCUUCACGUUCUGGCAGGUACUGAGCCAGAGCCAAGGACUCUUAAUAGAAAAAAGGAUGAAAGCGACAAGUACAUACCCUGGUGUGAUAUUCAGGAGUCCCUGCAUGACAUUAUUGUUGACAUGGAACCUUCUUACAAAACCAUACUUUUAGAAAUGAACAAAGCUCACGAAGGCUCCGCUUUUCUUUCCAGCACGUCGACCCGUUUGCAGAACUUGCCUACCAAUCCAACAGAAGUGUUCAAUAUUGCAGAUGGUUUUGUGCGCCGAAUUAUAAAGGUUGCAAAACAGUUAGAAUUCUUCAGGGCUAUUGAGAAAGAUGAUCAAAUAGCCUUGUUGAAAGGGUCAGUAGUUGAAAUCAUGAUGCUCAGAUCUGCUGUGAAUUUUGAUUUGAAAACUGAAACCUGGAACUUAAGCACAGCAAGUUGUAUUCAUCGUGACAACAAGGACAGUGCUUCAAACUCUCCCGGAUCUAGGCCAAGUUCAACAUCAAGCUCAGCAGACUUGGGGAGUCCUUCCCCAGGGUUUGACCGGAGGAAAUCCAUUGAUAGGGAGAGAAACACCGGGUUGAAUAUACAGCAAUUAAGGGAAGCGGCUAUGAAAGGUGCUGACUUGAAUACUCUAAGAAAUAUGGCAUCAAAGCAGGACUGGUAGUAAGCUACAAUUGAACAAUACAUCUGUAUUACCAGGCGUGUUUGAGGGGCAAGCGAGUCUAUCACCCAAAGACGAUGCAUCAGGACUGCAAGAUCUGAGGAAUGCAGCCUCUUCAGCUGGGUUAAACA